AUGCACCUAGGUGAUCACCCCCAGGUAGACAAAGAACACUGUUCAGGACUUCUUACCUUCACUGCGAAUUACUUGUUGAGUCUAAGACUGAUCACCUUAGCCUCUGAAGACCGAUCUACUAUCAGUCUACGACCUACGACCUAA